UUACCUUGACCUUCCCUAAUUUUUAUUUUGCCAAAUUCACAUUUUUAUGCGCUGUUUCGGGUUGCUUUCCUUUUUAUAAGGAAAGAUAGGCCUGUGGCAUCAUCGUGUCCACAUACCUGUUGUUGUAACAUAAUUUAAGGUGCUAUGUCAGCAUGCGCAUCAACAGACUAAGGAAUGACAUGAACAGAAUUGGCGGCAUUCACAGAAAUUAAAGUCUGUUACCUCUCGAAUACAGCAUGUGAGUAGCACUCUUAAUGAAGAGGUGUUUAUGCUGCCGGUAAUCAUUUUACCACAAACCCUGACUGGCGUUAGACUAAUUCUCGUUUUAUUUAACGACACUCUUUUAACUGUAGUGUCUAUAUUGCAUUGAAAAUAUGGGGCUAUGACAAUAACAGUAAGAAGGCAAAUAUUUUGACAGAUAGUCAUGGAUUAUUUGGAGAGGAAGAGUACGAGAACUUGCAGACAGGGCAGGCGGUAAAUAUUUCUGAAUUCGAAUUGGAUAACUUGUAAAUACAAGCCUAACGCUUACAGCUACAUCAGACUUGCUCUUUUUCGCGGGUUUAGAACAUGGUUUCUGUCAGUGGAACGGUCAUAUUAAACGAGGAUGAUAAAGGUUUAAGGCGAAUUUAACACAGCUGCGUGACAUCAUUAUACCCAAAAGGCCUUCGACUGACAUGCAAUCCCCAGAAGGACUAUCCUUUCAUUAGCGGUGUACCAGUACAGUCGAAGGCACAGUGUAAGAACAUAUGUUUUAAUUGUAUCAGCAACUUUGUGAGACUAAUGUAAAGCCGACAGGAACCAGUUUCUUUUGUUGUUAAAACAGUAGAAAUGGCGUGCCUUCUAUUCCUAUGUCUUUGGGCUCUUGUGCUGUAAUUUUGGUAUUUCUAUUUAUUUAUUAGUAGUUGUUGAAUGACGCUGUGAGUGGGCAGGAGACCACAGUCGACAGAUACAUUGCACGGUAACAAGUAAUGAGGUAUUUAUUAUGAUUUCCCUCAGUUCCUCCACCAAACGUCACGGUGUCACUUUCAUAAGGCCUGCCACCGAGCAUCGUAGUAGAAUGGCUUUAUUCGGUGCAUACGCGGGUGGUUUCUUUCGCCUUUAAAAUAUAAUUUAUCAUUUGAUGCUACACAUGUAAUGCAGAUUAUAAAUCGUCGUUAAAUAAUCUGUAUAGGCUUAGCAAUGGUAUUUGCGUAGACAAAGAAAUAAUACAGAUGCCUGUUGUAGCUGUACAUACACAAGGCACUCGGCUCUAAUAAGUGAGACCCAAGAAUGUUUUGCUUAAGACGAAGACUGUACUGGGCCGCUGGGCGGUGUUUUGACGAGACCUGUAAAAGCAGCAGAAUAUUGUAUUUAAUAAUUAGUGCCCCACUGACCACGCCUCUAGGUUACCGCGUGUUAAAGGACUGGCUUCUCGGCAGUGUGGAAACUCACUGAGCAUCAUGAGCAACCAGCAGCGUGUUCCAGGUGGAGAAGAAAAUGGAUCCUUAAACCAGAGUGCAUUUUAUGUUCAUCCUGGCAUUCAGCAUUUUAUACAGCCAUCUCCUACAUCUCAAACUAAAGGUGUAGAAUCGCAUGGAGAAGACAUAGGUCAGGGCCAGGGUCAGAGUGCUGGAAAUAAAAGGGGUGUAUUCCCCAGGCAGCGUGUGAGGACACAGCUAUCCAUAGAUGAGAGAAGAUUUCUCCUGGCUGUGCAGAGAGGUGACAUUAAAGCUACAAAACGGCUUAUUGAUGCUGAUUUUGUGGACAAGGACUGCGUAGAUCCAAUGGGUCGAACUGCUCUUGUGCUUGCAAUUAUUAAUGAGGACCUGCCGAUGAGUUGGGAAUCUUUAGCUCCAGAGAGCCGCAGCUUCAGUUCUGAUAUUACUCCAUUGAUCCUAGCAGCACAUCUAAAUCACUUUGAAAUUGUCAGAAUUUUGUUGGACAGAGGUGCCACCCUUCCUACGCCACAUGAUAUCAGAUGUGGCUGUUGUGAGUGUGUGACUUCACAGACAAGAGACAUUGUUCACCAUUCACGUUCAAGAAUGAAUGCCUUUCGUGCUCUGGCAAGUCCAUCACUCAUAUGUUUGACAGCUAAAGACCCCAUUCUGUCAGCCUUUCAAUUGUCAUGGGAACUUAGGAGACUGAGUUUUGAAGAGACUGAGUUCAGGAGUGAAUAUGAAGAAGUGAAGAAUAAAUGCAAGGCCUUUGCCACAGCCUUGCUAGAUCACACUCGGAGCUCACAUGAACUAGAGAUAAUUCUUAAUUACGAUCCACUAGAACCAGUGCUCUACAGUGAAGGACGCAUGCACCUUAGGCGCCUCAGACUGGCUAUAAAACUGCAUCAGAAGGAGUUUGUCACGCACCCAAAUGUUCAGCAACUUCUGGCAUCUAUCUGGUAUGAGGACCUGCCAGGAUUUCGACGCAAGAAUAUGUUUCUUCAGGUGUUUGAAAUAGUACGAAUUGCUGUUUCAUUUCCAUUCUUGUCACUCAUGUACAUUAUGGCUCCGAAAAGUUCAUAUGGGCAGACACUGAAGAAACCAUUCAUAAAAUUUAUAUGCCAUUCAGCAUCUUACUUAACAUUUCUUGCCAUACUCGUCUGGGCUUCACAAAAGAAAGGUGAUGAUGGAUUCAAGCGAAAUAAUAAUAAUGGACCUAGCAAUUACAUAACCAGGACAUCAUCCCAGAGAGCUCAGCCGAGCAUUCCAGAAUACCUCAUCGUUGCAUGGCUCUUUGGAAUGAUCAAGUUGGAGGUCAGAAGAAUGUUGGGUGAGGAGAACUUGAAGGAAUAUGUCAAGGACAUGUGGAAGCUGAUGGAUUUGGGAACCACAGGCCUGUAUGUGAUUGUCAUCAUUCUACGACUCCUUGCAUACUUUGAGGUUAGAAGCUAUCUGAUUGAGAUAUGUCACGUUGAAUCCUUAAUAUUUCAUUAUUGUUUCAAUAUUAGUAACAGAAGUCCAUAGUAAUUACGUCUGUUAUAUAAGUAGCUCCUACAAAAGCUACAGUGACUUCUUUAGACAAACAAUCUGUAUGUGUAAUUCUGUUGGUUGUAAUCAGGGAUUUUCUCUCAGCAUUAUGGAUGUCAUU